AGACAAGAGGAUGUCCCCCCUCUCGCGCCCACUGCGAUCUCAGUGGUGGAAAUGGUGGCUGUGGGGAGGGUCGACUUUGAGGUGACAUUGACGCUAUGUAGAUGAGAGCGAAGACCCCGCGUUCCAUGUUACGUCCCUGCUCGCUCGACUUAGACGGUGGCUGGCGUGAGGCGAAGCAGCUCCUUUCCCCGCCGCGUCCCCCUUCCUCUCAUUCAGCACCGCUUUUUGGACAGCACCACGCACCCACAACGCAUUCUGUCCACGGUCGACCCUCUGGAUAAUAGUUUGAUUCGACAUCCUUCGACUGGAGAGCUUCGUACUUUGGUCUGAAUCAAUAAAGGAAAUAACUUUUUUUUCUACGAGGCAGCCGGAAUUUUGCAAAAAACAACCGAUUCGCACAGGGAGCACUAUUUUUCUUCUUCUUAUAUCAGAAUUUUUUUGAUAUCGUGUGAGGAUUUCGGUUUCGUUAUUGUUUUACAGUCCCUUCACAAAGAACAGUUUGUGCUCCCCCUAGACAUCGAGGCUCCGGCUGUCUAUCGGAUACCCUGUCGACAGAUUUGGGUACCAGAGAGAGAAUCUGCUGUCACCUCGGACUGCUGCUGAAUCCCCUCGCGCAUUAUUCUGGAUUACAUCAGACGUCUGAAGCACCAUGGCGACCAACGGAACCAAAGCCUCGGACGGACUAGUCCUCACUGAGGCAGUGAUCGACGCGCCCGCCACCACCAACGACAAACCCAAGACCUUGGUGGUCAAAGUCCAGAAGACCAAAAAGGAUCUUCCCGAGAGAGAAACCUGGGGAGGAAAAUUUGACUUUCUCCUCUCGUGUGUGGGAUAUGCCAUUGGACUCGGGAAUGUCUGGAGAUUUCCUUAUUUAUGUGGGAAAAACGGUGGAGGGGCCUUCUUGAUCCCCUACUUUCUGACCCUAAUAUUCGCCGGUAUGCCCCUGUUCCUCCUCGAGACGGCGCUGGGCCAGUACACGUCUGUUGGAGGUCUCGGGGUCUGGAAAAUGGCCCCCUUGUUCAAAGGUGUCGGUUUGGCCGCGGCGGUGCUCUCCUUCUGGCUCAACAUCUAUUACAUUGUCAUCAUUUCCUGGGCUAUUUAUUAUCUGUGGAACUCGUUCACCUCUGAGCUGCCGUGGCAGUCUUGUGGCAAUGCCUGGAACACGGAGCGUUGCUACACCAACUACAGCACCCCUGACACCACCAACCUGACCAGCGCCGUGCAGGAGUUCUGGGAGCGUAACAUGCACCAGCUGACCGAGGGCCUGGAGAAGCCCGGGGAGUUGAGGGUGCCCCUGGCCAUCACCCUGGCCAUCGCAUGGGUGCUGGUGUACUUCUGCAUCUGGAAGGGCGUCAGCUGGACUGGCAAAGUGGUGUACUUCUCGGCGACCUACCCCUACAUCAUGCUGUUCAUCCUGUUCUGCCGCGGGGUCACUCUGCCGGGAGCCUUCGACGGAAUCGCCUUCUACAUCACUCCCAACUUUGAGAAGCUCAAGGAGUCCGAGGUGUGGCUGGAUGCCGCCACUCAGAUCUUCUUCUCCUACGGUCUGGGCUUGGGUUCUCUGAUCGCGCUAGGCAGCUACAACCCCUUCAACAACAACGUGUACAGAGAUUCGAUCAUUGUGUGCUGUAUCAACUCCUUCACCAGCAUGUUCGCCGGCCUUGUCAUCUUCUCUAUUGUGGGCUUCAUGGCGAACGUAACAAAGAGGCCCAUUGCUGAUGUGGCAGCCUCAGGACCGGGUCUGGCCUUCCUGGCCUAUCCUGAGGCGGUCACCCAGCUGCCCAUCUCGCCCCUCUGGGCCAUCCUCUUCUUCUCCAUGCUGCUCAUGCUGGGGAUAGACAGUCAGUUCUGCACAGUGGAGGGAUUCAUCACUGCGCUGGUGGAUGAGUUCCCACAUCUUCUCAGGAAACGCCGGGAGAUCUUCAUUGCUAUUGUCUGCCUCGUCUCCUACAUCAUCGGCCUGUCUAAUAUCACACAGGGUGGCUUGUAUGUGUUUAAGCUCUUCGAUUACUACUCAGCCAGUGGAAUGUGCCUGCUGUUCCUGGUGUUUUUCGAGUGCAUCUCCAUUUCCUGGUUCUAUGGAGUCAAUAAGUUCUAUGACAACAUCGAGGAAAUGAUUGGCUACAAGCCCUGCAUCUGGUGGAAGUUAUGCUGGGUGGUGUUUACUCCUCUUAUUGUGGCUGGAGUGUUCCUGUUCAGCGCGGUGCAGAUGGUUCCCCUCACCAUGGGCGACUACGUGUUCCCUGCCUGGGGUCAGGGCGUGGGCUGGUGCAUGGCCCUCUCCUCCAUGCUGCUCAUUCCUGGCUACAUGGGAUACAUGUUCCUCACGCUGAAGGGCACGUACAAAGAGCGUUUGCGGAUGAUGGUGAAGCCAGUGGUUCUGCUGAGGGGUAAGGUGACCGGAGGGGAGACACCGACCGCGGCCGAUACCCAGAGUCAGAACCCGGCCAACGAAGAAGCCUACAUCUAGAACCUUCUGCCUGGCAUGUCUUAUCUGAACAAGCUCGAACGGCAUUCUGCAGCACGCAGAGAGAGAAAAAGAAGCAAAACAAAACGUAAUCACAGGUUGGGAGCGACCACCAGACUCUGACGUCUGCUUUUAUUCACCUACCUCCUGGGGACGUGCGAGACCAACCUGAUUACGAGCGACAUUCUGAGGUUUUUCUUUCCGUUUGUUCAUUUGUAUAAUACAGAGUUUAAAAAGAAAUACUGCAAACUACCCAGCACUGUUGUUGUGAUAGUUUGUAUUUCAUUAUGCAAAAGAAAAAAAAAGAGUUAGACCUUCUAGAAAAAGAGAUGUGACCUAGAAAAAUUACUGUAUCUUCGAUUUAUAAUUUCAAUUUGGAGGCCCGGUGUGAUUCAAGAGUAUUGUGCUAAUUUAAAGAUAUUUACAAGUAAUUAAUCUAUUAAAAUACUAUUACUGUACAAAGAAAAUAUAGAUUGAAUUCAGUUUGCUUGUACAUGGAAGAAUCCUUUAAUUGAAUGUUAUGUAGUAGGUGAAUAAAUGCAAUAUUACAAUUGCAGAAAAGGAAAAUUGAACAUGACCAAUUUGAGGCGAAAUAUCGACAUUGCAGUGUGCAGCAGGCCAGGUCAUAUCUCCUUGUACAUGUAAAAUAUUCUCCAGCCAGACUAUCAAUUCCUACCAAUACCCUGCAGUUUGCAAGUAAUGUUUACUACCCAAUUCUUGGGCUACCUUCGAAAAGCACAAGGCCAGUAUGAAUUUCAAACUAUUGAACCCUUUUUUUGGCAUGAUAUUUCUGAGAAGAGCAAGAAUAACAGAUAUGUAGUAAAAAUAGAAAGAGACUGUUACAAUUGUUUCUUUGUUUUCUAAAGAACAAUAACUUUAUAUGUUGUCAGAACCUUUUUUUAGAAUCGUUUGUAGGAUGUUUUCUAUGUCAUAGUGAGAAGGACCAAAAUUAUGAAACCCUUUGCUUGAAAUAAUCGCAAGAGCAAGCAAACCUUUGACAAUAUACUGAUCAAAUGACCCCAAGUGACCCCAUUCUUUUCAUGAUAUAGCGGAACAGGGUACUUAAUAGCAGCCUUCGAUUAACCAAGUACGUGCACCACCCACCCAUACAGGUGAAGUCAGGAGUUCCUUUUCCACUGCAAACUACUGCAUCUACAUCAUUACUCAUCCCUGACAUCUGCCUAAUUAGAUGAUUCUCUCCUUCAAAUUUACAUAUUGACAUGUUGCGCAUUUGCAAACUCUUAUUAACGCGUAGCUAUCACAGUAUAGGCUACCAACAAACGGGCUAACCAUUAGGCUUCAUACCACUAGGCUGAGUUGAUGGAAGAUGAUGGAACUUUAUGAGCGGCUACAGCGAUAUACCCUUGGAAUGGUUUACUUACACUGUUUACUUAGGCGACCCAAUUCUCAGGAAAAAAGGUGGAAGUGACCAAAUUCUCUCUGAGAUAACUGAAUAACGAGUAAAAGGAUCCAACUUUUCUUGCGGGGGUUAAUUCCAGCAUAAUCCGAAAUAGCAAAAUAUAUAUAAUAUAUAUAUAUAUAUAUGUCUCAAACAUGCCUCAGUUAAACAAAAAUAUAGAAAAUAUAUUUCCAGCGUCCUUAUCGUCAGUGUAUAACAACUGUGAAGUGUUAAGUUAUAUUCCUGAUUUGUGUUUAUAAAAGUAAUAUCACAUAAUUGAUUGAUCAGGGGACUUGACUGUCAAAAACUAUUGCUAGCACCUUGGACAUACCUGAGGAUGUACUGUAUCAGCGGCAACUUCCAUUCACCUUCAUCUCCAUUUCAUACUGGAAAUCCUACUUACAUAUCACAUUAUUUUGCAAUAUAAAAAGCUAUAUAAAUAUAUACAAAAUAUAGGCCAGUAAAUUUCACAUAUAUAAAUAUAUUAAAACAAAAAGGUUAUAGUUUGCUUCUGUGGCAGCUACAUGCUACAGAAAUCAGGUUGAAUUUAUUUUAGCAAAGUUAUGUAAAUUGAAAUGUGCAAUGACAAAAAGGUUCCAUGAGUUUUGUAUAAAGUUACCAUAAUGCAGUCUUCUCGCUUGAAUAAUGUUGUAAAAUUGGACUGUGUAUCAAUACAUGUAUCUGUGAAUGUCAGUACAACCUGAAGUUUUUUUGUCUAAAUGUUGAAAAAAAUCUCAUAUUAUAUGCUGUUUUCUGCAAUACUGUAUCCGAAACUAAAGCACAUAUCUUUAUCAAAAUCAUAACUACAAUAACAAUAAUAGAGUAAAAACAAUGAUGAAUAUAAUAUUAUAGAAACACUGUCUAGUCAGAGAAUAUUGUUUUGUAUAUUUCUAACUGUUUCAUGGGCCUAAUGUAAAAUAUUAUAUGUAAAAAAUAUAAUAAAUGUCUUUAGAUGGCGUUAUAUGAAAAAAGCAUGAUUGCAAUAUAUGUUAUCUGCAAAAAUCAAUAAAGACCUAUAGAUUAUAAAAACUA